CACAGGAGGGAUCUUCCCUUUUUCGUCUCCAUCUCCAUGAUCCAUCCCUCCAUCCCCUGCCCUGCCGUUGAACGUCUCCUGUCUCUGCAGUGCCUUCCUCUUGCUCUCGCCUCGCCUCUCCUCUCCUCUCCUGUCCCGGCUGCGGCUGCGGCUGCGAGCGAGAUCCAUCAGCAAUAGACAGACGAGUUGAGGGAGGGAGAGCGAGAUCCAACCUAAACAAGAAGAAGCUACCAAACCAAGCAAAGCGACCUCCCCACAGCCACAAAGACCAAUUCCCGUCCCGUCGCGUGAAUCCAAUUCGUCCGUCCGUCUAUUCUCUGUUGUAUUGUAUUGUAUUGUAUCCAGUGCUAGUUUUUAGUUGGCAGCUACCUUACCUUACCUUGGAAUUGCUAGCUACCAUAGCAGCAAGGGGAUUGGAUUGGAUUGGAUCCCCCCUGCUGCUGCUGCUGCUAAUCCUAGUCCAAUCUAGGGAGGGAGGGAGGCAGGCAGGCAGGCUGGGGCUGGGGCUGGGCAGUGCGCGGACGGAGAUCGCUCAGAUCAGAUCACAUCAUCAUCGCCUCGCCCCUCGGAUGCGAUGCAGCACCGCCGCAAGCCCGCUUCCGCCGCCGCGCCGCCGGCCGCCAAGCAGCCGCCCGCGCGCAGGCCCACGGCGCGCCUCUCGCUCGCGGGCCUCGUCGUCUCCGUCUUCCUCGUCGCCACCUUCCUCUACAACGAGGACGUGGUCAAGGCCGCCUCCCGUUCCAGCUCAGUCCCAGCAACAAGAGCCGCUGUUGAGGUCGGCGUCUCCGGGCGGGCGAGGUCACCCGACCUGCGGGUGCUGCAGGAGGCAGCGCACCAGGAUGGGGAGGCGGACGCCCUUCAGAAGCAGCAGCAGGAGCAGGAGCAGGAGCAGGAGGAUCGAGAUCGCAAGGAAGCCGACCAGAAGCCGCCGCCGCUGACCACCCUCCCCGUCGACAAUACUAAAAGGCAGGACGAGGAGCAGCAAACCCAGAAGCAGCCGCCGCCCCAGGCCGUUGCCGAUGGGUGCGACCUGUACCGGGGGCGCUGGACGUUCGACGCGGCCGGCGAGCAGGCGCCGCUGUACCGCGAGUCGGAGUGCGAGUUCCUGACGGAGCAGGUGACGUGCAUGCGCAACGGCCGCCGCGACGACUCGUACCAGAAGUGGCGGUGGCAGCCCGACGGAUGCGACCUGCCCAGGUAUGAUGCUCGGCUGCUGCUUGAGCGGCUGCGCAACAAGCGGCUCAUGUUUGUGGGGGACUCUCUGAACCGCAACCAGUGGGAGUCCAUGGUGUGCCUGGUGCAGUCCGUCGUGCCCUGGGGCCACAAGACGCUGCAGAAGUUCGUCAACAACGGAUCGCUCAACGUAUUCACGGCGCAUGAUUACAACGCCACCGUGGAGUUCUACUGGGCGCCCUUCCUGGUCGAGUCCAACUCGGAUGACCCGCAGGUGCACAGCGUCAUGGACCGUGUCAUCGCCUGGCGCGCAAUCGCCAAGCACGCCAAGAACUGGAAGGGCGUCGACUACCUCGUCUUCAACUCAUACAUCUGGUGGCUCAAUACAUUCGAGAUGAAAGUCAUGAAAGGCACUAAUCGCCAUGGCCAUCAGCAGCAGCAGCAGCAGCAGCAGGGAAAGGAGAGGUGGAGCAAGUACGCGCUGGUGGACCGGCCGGUGGCGUACCGGGAGGUGCUCAAGACGUGGGCCAAGUGGGUCGACCGCCACAUCGACCCCAACCGAACCAGAGUCUUCUUCAUGGGCAUGUCGCCCAACCACAUCACGCCGUGGGCGUGGGGCAACAACGGCGGGAUCAAGUGUGCUAUGGAGACGCAGCCGAUCAGCAACAACCGGACGGGACGGCUGGACAUCGGGACGGACUGGCGGCUGCACGGCGUGGCGCUCGGGGUGCUGGCGCGCUACCUCCGCCGCGUGCCGGUGCAGUUCGUGGACAUCACGGGCCUGUCGGAGCUGCGCAAGGACGCGCACACCUCCGUGCACACGCUGCGGCAGGGGAAGCUGCUCACCCCGGAGCAGCAGGCCGACCCCAAGACCUACGCCGACUGCAUCCACUGGUGCCUCCCAGGCCUCCCUGACACCUGGAACCACUUCCUCUACGCGCACAUCAUAUCACCAAGCCCGCCCUCGUCGUCGUCCCAGGAUCACUAACCAUUUUCCAUUUUUGGCCCUACCUACUGUAGAUCAAUCAUUUUCUUCGUUUCAUGCAAGGGAACAACAACCAGCUCAGGUCUUCUCUUCUAAUUUCUGUAAAAAGAAAAUUCCCUGAUCUAAUUGUGAUUGUGACUAAGCUAGCAGCAGCAAUUACUUUUUUCCUUUUUAGUUCUUUUAUUUAUUAGUUUAAAGAGAGAGAAACAAGAUACAUCAUUCAGUUUAGGCAUGCACCUUUCUUUCCUUUUUCCCUUGCUGUAUAUCACUGUAUCCUACUUUUGUCAUGUCAGCUAGGAAAGUCAUCUCUCAAGCAGCA